GGGCGCUAGGAACUGUUUCCAUGGCAAAGGGAAUAAACUUGCCGGGAGCAGAGGAGACGGGGGGGCCGUAGAGGGGGGCGCGGCUCCGGAGCACAGGAGGCCAGCCUCGUCUGCAGAAGGAUAUCAGGGUGGCCUGCAGUCUUGCAUUCCUGAUGGCAUUUGCACCUCCCAAAACCAUGGAUGGCCCCAAACUGCAAACCAAGAUGAGCACAUGGACACCUCUGAACCAUCAGCUUAUGAAUGACAAGGUAUUUGAAGAAAGAAGAGCCUUGCUUGGAAAAUGGUUUGACAAGUGGACAGAUGGUCAGAGGCGAAGGAUCCUAAUAGAUUUGUUGGAACGCUGCUCCCUGGCGCAGCAGAAAUUCUGUUCUAAGCAGUUGCAGGACCGAGUUCCAGUUGAAGCCCUGGAUUUCACCACAAAGCUUCCCAGAGUGUUGUCUUUAUACAUCUUUUCUUUCCUGGACCCCAGGAGUCUCUGUCGAUGUGCACAGGUGAGCUGGCACUGGAAGUACCUGACAGAGCUGGAUCAGCUCUGGAUGCUUAAGUGCCUGCGUUUUGGCUGGUACAUCAACUUCUCUCCGACCCCCUUUGAGCAGGGAAUCUGGAAGAAACACUACAUUGAGAUGGUGAAGGAGCUUCAUGUGACAAGGCCCAAGACCCCUCCAAAAGAUGAAUUCGUGGUCAUUGAUGUCCAGCCAAUAGCAAGAGACGUCCCAGAGACAAAACUAUCCCCUUCCUCGGUUUUCCAAUCAGCAUCUGUGCUAGGAAAGAGGACAGACAAGGAGAAAAAAGAGCUCCCACCAUGGCGGUCCUCGGAUAAACAUCCCACUGACAUUGUCCGAUUCAACUACCUAGACAACUACGAUCCCAUCGAGCAAGUGAGGCAGGCUAGAAAGAAAGGAGGAGGACUAACCCCAGACCUCAGCCGGCAAGCAUUUGAGAAAAAAAGGAAACCGAGCUGUGCAUCUUAUAAGCUUCGGAAAGCAAAAUCACUGCUGUCCUUAUCUGCAGACCUUGGCUCUAGCCCCAAAGGACCAGUUCGCCCAAGUUGGGCUACUCACCAAUCAACGGGGUACCCUGUUACCAAAGCAACAGCUAAGAUCCUAGCUCAGAGUGCCCAGUGGAAUGCUGGGAUACGGCCAGCCCCUGUUCGCGCUCCAGUACCAAAGCUGAGUGAAAGAGGGAAGAAGGCCUUUGCAAGGAUGAGCAGAAGUUCUCCAUCAUCCCCACUGUUUGAAGCUCAGCCCUGGCAAAUUCCUCCAUCGGACCAUGGAUCUGACGCAGAGUAAGGGAGUGAAGGUUCAGUGCAAUUCAUCCCAGUCAAACCGGCUCAUCUGCCCAGCUUUCAGAAGAUGCCGAUCACAUCCCUGAGUUACCAUGAAGAACGGAUGGUACUGACAUUUAAGAAUCAUGCUCAAAGUCUCAAGGAUCCAGCUCCAUUUUUUUAUAUUACUUGUCACAAUAAGAGACUUCCUCCCAACCCUCAUUGAACUCACUAUACAAUGGCUAUAAAAUCACUAUACAAUGCGGAGAAUGUGGAGACCCUGAGGGAGAUUUACUAGUAUAGCUCUGGGCUAACUGCAUUGCAGCCAGUUUACACUGAAGGGUUUUUGGGGCAGGGACUAUCUUUUACUAUGUAUACAGCACAUUGCAGAGUGGGCCCUCACUAUGGUUGGGAUCUCCAGGUGCUGCCAUAAUACAAAUAAGUCAUGCAAAACUAGGGUGAGCUCAGAAUUUGAAUCAGUAUCUUGUUUGCUAUCUUGCCUUUUUUCAGUAUGUUUUCUAGUUUCUGCUGCUUUGGAUGCUGAUGCCUCAUUCUGCUUUCACUCAGUGUGUGUCUUCACUGCAGAGUUAACUUGGGCAAUUGGCACCUGGGUUAGUCUAACCCAGGUGCAAGCUGCCACACUGCAAAGCCUUACUGUCUUACUGUGUCCUCACUGGUGCUGAACUCCCGUGUGUAUGUCAUAAGGACUUCGGGGGCAUAUCCCAUGGUCCUGUGUGCUGCAGUAUGCUGAGCUACACUGAUUCUUUCCCAAUGAAUUGUGGGAGAAUUUGUCUGUCUUUUUGGGCGCAGGGGGGAUUGUGGGACGACACUGCAGGAUUACCAGCACUGGAGUGAUUUAGGCCUGGUCUACACUAGGGGAGGGGAUCGGUCUAAGUUACACAACUUCAGCUACGUGAAUAACGUAGCUGAAGUCGACAUACUUUGAUCUACUCACCGUGGUGUCUU